AUGGACGGCCGCAUGUUCGCGGAGGCCGUGAUGGAGAGCGUCGGCAGCGACAACGACGCCGCGUCGUGCACGCUGGCCUUGUACGUCGAGGACGAGCUGGCUUUGUCGGUGGACCUGUGCGACGAGGGGGCCGUGCGCGCCGCCAAGCCGGACAUGGUCAGCAUCCCCCACAACCUGAGCCUGACCGUCGCCGCGCCGCCCGGGUACCAGCUGUCCCUGGUGCUCGUCAACAGCGCCGCGACAGCCUCCGGCCCCGCCGCGGACGUCGCCUCGGCCGUCUCGCACGAGGUGCCGACGAGCGAGCCCUCGUGCAGACUUUCACUGAUGCCCGGCUGCUCCGUGCUCUUCUCCGUGGACCUCUGCCAGCGGGCGGCCGUCGGCAACCUCAACUUCAGCGAGUGGUCGCCCAACAACGUGACCCUGGAGUGGUGGCCGCCGCUCGAGUCGCAGCGCGCGUCGCAGGUGGCGAACAACGUCAUCCUCACCGCCAUCGGCAGAGGGGAAAUGUGCAAGCGGAGCCACUUCGCGCCGUGCCAGCAUCGGCCGCGCUUCCAGCGCUUCUGCGUGGCCGCGGAGCUGGCGUGCGACGGCUACCCCAACUGCCCCAUGGACGGCCACGACGAGGACCCCACCAAGUGCAGGAGCAGCGCCAGCCUCGUCGCAGAGGUCCCGCGGCAGGCCAGCAAGGUGGACGUCGGCGCCGGCGACGCCAAGGAGUUGAUCAUGGACCUGCUGAGAUGGCCAGGCCCCAACCGCACGGCGAGCCACCAGCCCGCGCCCGACCACUCCAUCCCAGACACGCUGUCCACCUACGGGCCCUGGGGCUACCUCAUGCUGGGCAUGCUGGUGUGCGGAGCCUUCCUGAUGCUGUGCGGGCUGUGGGAGUGCUGCUGUCGGCAACCCAAGGCGUCGGCCUCGGCGUCAAACCCGACGCACCCCCCUACCACCGUGCUCAUGCCGCAGGCUUGGCAGAUGGGCGCCACCGGCGGCGUGCUGGUGCUGGACUCGGACCUGGAGGACGACCCCUCGCGGCCGCCGGCCUACGAGGAGCUGGAUCAGCCCCCCGCGUACGGCGCGCUGUUCCCGCCCGGCCUGCUCCCCGGGCAGCCCAAGGACGACGUGCCCGACGUGGCCAACGUCAUCAGCCCGGCGCUGUCCCUGCCGGCCUCGCUGGACGUCCCCUUCGCCGACGACGCCUCCUCGUUGACCGCGUCCACCUCGUCCAUGGCCACGGCCUCCAGCAUGUCGCUGAGCUAGCCGGCGCCGACCCUGGUGGCUAGAGCCCUAGAGCGCCGCACUGCUGCCGUGCUCCAGGACUCCAGUCACCACUGCCCGCCGAGCCGCCAGCCGCCAGCCCGCAGUUCGAAAAAACGGCGGGAAAGACUGGAUGGAAAAUGGAUCUUCCGGGCUGGCCGGCUGGCCGGGAAAACGAAGCUGCACUGUGAUAAAACCCGACCGUCGGUCCUAGUGUUUAAGAGUGAGUGCGAAGUGCGACCGAUGCUAGUCACUACCCGAGACUGUACUGCGAGGCGGGCCCCAGCGAGGCCAGCCAGCGAGACGCCGCGAGCACGGACUGCUAGACAGGGACGGCGACGCGUUUCGUGCUCUCGAAAUGUGUUCAAUCUGUGAUGCCAAGCUGCAAGUGGACUUUCCGCGCGUGUUUUUAGCGACUGAGAAUCCCCGUCGAGUGGGCAGUUCAGCACUGUCCAGCGCGGGUUGAGCUAGCGACUUGAUUCAAUUUAAAACCGCCUCCAGCCCAAUCACUUGGGGGGCAGCCAGUCCUCAGGUGAGAAGUGCACUGAGGAGCAUGGCGAACGUACACUUUGUAUUUAUUACUUCACCUUAUCUUAUUGAGUCUCGUUUCUUUAGAUUGUCCGAGUUACUUGCCAUAAGUUUGUUGUUCGUGCCAUGGGUGGCAGCCCCGAGGGCAGCCCGCCUGGUCCCUCUACGUAUGUCCCACCGCCGGAAGUUUCAGAUCUCAGUAUCUCAACCCGGUGUUGCGUGCUUCCAGUGGAAAAUUUAAGUGAAACGCCCACAACCAGUUUCCACAUUGACGUUGAUCUUCUUCGUUUCAUUACUGUACUGUUGUUUCUGUGAUUCCAGUUAUAUUUGUCUGUUAACAAUAAAAUAGAAAUAAAAGGCAAGCUCUCUUUGUGUGUAGUGAAAGUUUCUUCUUUUUUGUGUAAAUAUUUUUGUAUAUUCUGUUUUGUUGAUAGUUUCGUUUCUUAUAAUACCGACUACUAAUACUUAACGUAGGCUUUGAUAGAGUUGCGGGAGCCACUAUGUUUCUAAACCUACAGGCUGUUUAAAAAUCAAUCGACUGAAUUUCUGAUAAUAAUAGUACUUACAAUUUUGUGUCUUAUUAUUCCUUACUUGCGUGUGUAAGUAGUUGAGGAAAUACAGAGAAAACAAAAAGUUGA